AUGAGUGAAUUAUCGAACAGAUCUAAGAAAGAUAAAAAUCAACAUAUUCAAGUGUUUGUGCGAGUGAGACCGUCAAAUCAAAGUGAAUCAUGUGGAAAAUCUUUCACUGUUAUCGAUGUACCGAGUUACAAAGAAGUCCUGGUGCGAGAACGACCACAGGACAAAGUUUCCAAGAAAUUUACAUUUGAUAGAGUUUUCGGACCAAAAUCUAAACAGCUGGACGUCUAUACAGCAGUGGUAAAUCCUUUUGUAGCAGAAGUACUCGCUGGUUACAAUUGUACCGUAUUUGCUUAUGGACAAACAGGUACAGGAAAAACAUAUACGAUGGAAGGUGCCGGUAGUGAUCCAGCAGCAUCUUGGCAGACGAAUUCAGAUGCUGGAAUAAUACCACGAGCAUUGAGUAAUCUCUUCGAUGACCUACGCCUUGGAACGCAGGAGUAUACCGUAAAGGUAUCUUUUCUCGAACUGUACAAUGAGGAAUUAUUUGAUCUGCUGUCAUCACACGAAGAUGCUUCAAAACUCAAAUUAUUUGAAGACUCAACAAAAAAAGGCUCAGUAAUAAUCCAAGGCCUCGAAGAAGUAAUAGUCCACAAUAAAGACGAAGUUUACAAAAUCCUCCAACGUGGUUCCGAAAAGCGCCAGACCGCGGCGACUUUAAUGAACGCUUCCUCCAGCCGUUCUCAUACAGUAUUUUCCAUAACCGUGCACAUGAAAGAAUGCUCCGUGGAAGGCGAGGAGCUUAUCAAAACCGGUAAACUAAACCUAGUAGACCUCGCUGGCUCCGAAAACGUAGGCCGUUCCGGCGCAGUAGACAAGCGAGCCCGCGAAGCUGGCAAUAUAAACCAAUCCCUCUUAACUUUAGGCCGAGUUAUAACCGCUUUAGUAGAAAGAGGUCCCCAUAUUCCCUACCGAGAGUCCAAACUCACUCGUUUACUCCAAGAUUCUCUCGGAGGAAGAACCAAAACUUCUAUAAUUGCGACUAUAUCUCCCUCUUCUUUGAAUCUAGAAGAAACUCUCUCUACUUUAGAUUACGCGCAUCGCGCUAAGAAUAUCACCAAUCGUCCCGAGAUCAAUCAGAAACUCACUAAAGCUACUUUGAUAAAAGAAUACACGGAAGAAAUUGAGCGAUUGAAGCGCGACUUGCUUGCAACUCGCGAGCGCAAUGGCGUUUAUUUAUCUUCUGAAGAUUAUGAUCGUUUGGUGGCUAAUAAUACCUCCCAAGGGAAAGAAAUUGAAGAGAAAAUUCAAUUUAUUAAAGUUCUUCAAGAAGAACUUGAAAAUAAAUCAAAAUUAUUUGAAAAAGUGAGUUAUAAGCUUGAAAAAACUUCCUUGAAAGUCAAAAUUAUAAAGCAGGAUCGGGACGAGCAAAAAUAUUUAGUAGAUAAUCUAGAAAAGAUUAAAGAAAGCUUGUCGAGCCAAGCUCAGACUCUUUUGCAAGUCGCUGACACUGCUACCGAUCAUACUAAUCGCUUGCAUGAUAAAAUAGCGAGGAAGAAUAAAGUUGAGGAUCUAAAUGACCAGCUUUGUAAAUCUUUUGUCUCCAGAAUUAGCGAGUCGUUGAAAGAAUUGAUUACUGAUGUUAACAAAUACUCUUCUGAGGUUAUAAAAGAGUCUAAGGGUGUCAAAGAAUUGAUUUCUGAACGCUCAGAUGGUUGUAAGAAAAAUCUUGAAGGAUUUGUGGAAAAAAGAGAGAAAGAUUUGGAAAAAUCUGAAGGAAAUUUGAAAGAAUUUGAAGAAGUAACUUGUGCUAAUGCUGCGAAUUACAAAAGUUUGUUUGAAAAUAUUGUAAUAAGUACUAGAGAAAUUGAUGAGGAGGAAAAAAAAAAGUUGAUUAAUGUUUCCGAACACUUUGCUAAUGAGAUAAAAAGAUUGGUGAACAAUCAGAUUGCGGAAAAUCUAGCUAGUGUUGAAAAAGAUCUUCAGAAUAAGUUGAGAUGUUUGAGGCAGCAUUUGCAAGUUACUGUUACAGAUUUGUACUUGACUAUGAAUGAAAAAAUGAAUUUGGUUGGGAGUAAGCUUGCUAAUCUUGAAGAACAAAUCAAGAUUAGGGAAGAUUGUAAUGUGGUUAAUAAAAAUAAAGAGGAAAAGUUUGAUGAACUGAUGAAAGAAAUGAUGGAUAAUUAUUUGGAAUUGAGAAAAGGGAUUAGGAGUGAACGUGAGAAGGAUUCUGAGGUUACUAAAGUUUGGUUGGGAGAGUUGGAGAUUGUUAAGGGAGAGGUUAAGGAGGUUUGUGAGAAGCACGAAGGGUUGAAGAGUUUUGUAGACUCGGAGGUUACUAAUAAUGUUAAGGGGAUUCAGGAGGUGAUUGGGGAGAGUGUUAAGGUCAAUUGUGGAAUUGCUAAGGAGACUAUUAGCAGUGGAGAGAAAUUAGCGGAGAAGUUUAAGAGUUUGUUGGGUGAUGCCAGUCAGAUUGUGAGUGAUUAUAGAGAAAAGGUUGAAGAGAAGAUGGUUAAGGCUGCAGAAUUGGUUGAGAAGGAUAAGAAUGGGUUGAAGGAGAAGGUUGGAGGGUUUAAGGAGGUUUUGGGGAGAGAUCUUAAGGAGGAUUGUGGGUUGAUUGAGGAGUAUGCAGAGGAAGUUUUGGAGAUGAGUAGAGAGGUUGGAAGGAGUGUUGAGGAGGUUGAAAGGAAGGUUGGAGGGCAAAAGGAGGGUUUGGUUGGAAAUGUGGAGAAGAUUGAAGGAAGCUUGAAGCGCUUCUUUGAAGAUGAAGUUAAGAAGGAUACUCCUACUGGAGCGACUCCGGUUAAGAAAGAUUUUGAGUAUCCCAGGAAGAUUGUGGAGAUGUCCCCCAGGGAGAGGAUUGUGGAGAAGUUCAGGAAGUGGAGGGAAGAACAUCCUGAGGAUGAGGAGGAGGAGGAGGAGGAGGAGGAUAAUGAGGAACUGGAUGUUACUUUAGCGAGUAAUUUGAACGAAACUGAAGUGGUUCCUCCGACUCCAGUUCAAAGAUCUAGAUCUAGAUCUGUUGAUAAGGUUAAGGAGGCUGGGACGAAAUUGUUUACUGCUAGGUCCGAGCAGCAGAUUAAUCUAGAGCUUUCGGAUUUCCAAAGGAGUAGUUUGACUUCUGGGGAGAAUUCUAGUGAUGAGUUUAUAUGUAAUAAUAAGGAGAAUGGGAAGAAGCGGAGUGGAGAUAAGAGGAUUUCUAAGCAGCCGAAAUUUGUUCCGAGGAAAUAUUCUAAGAAAGUUUUAACGAGCCAUAAUGAUUAG